AUGGAUCCUCUUCAAGCGGACGCGAUUCACAACGAACGUCAUGUUAAAGUGAUCUCUGUGGGCGCGGGCGCCUCCGGAUUAUGUCUUGCAUACAAGUUGCAGCGAUCGUUCCAAAACUGGGAUCUUACGAUUUACGAAAAGAACCCAGAGAUCGCCGGUACGUGGUACGAAAACCGCUACCCGGGCUGCGCCUGCGAUGUCCCUUCUCAUAACUACGUCUAUUCCUUCGAACCCAAGUCAGACUGGUCCUCCGUGUACGCAAGUUCAAGCGAAAUCAGAGGAUAUUUCAAUGAUUUUGUCGACAAGUAUGGGCUGCGCAAACACAUUCUCACAUCGCACAUGGUCACCGAAGCCAGAUGGUUUGAGGAAUCCGGUCGUUGGGAAGUGACGGUUACGGAUUUGACAACGGAUCAGACAGUACACAACUGGUGCCAUAUUCUCGUCCAUGCGACAGGAUAUCUCAAUAAGCCUUCUUGGCCAGAGCUUCCUGGGUUGGCGGAUUUCAAGGGCAUCAAGCUGCACAGUGCGAUGUACGAUGAGAGUGUAUCGCUGGAAGGAAAGAAUGUUCUGUUGAUUGGAGCGGGCUCGUCGGCUGUUCAGAUUCUUCCUGCUAUUCAACCGAUCGUCAACAGAGUGAAGAUAUUUAUUCGCUCGCCGACUUGGCUGUUGCCGGAUAUUAGUACGGAGGCGGGCAAGUUCUCCCAAGACCAGAUUGAGAGGUUUGUUAAUAACCCGGAGAGCGUGAUGGAACUGCGCCAGGAUAAUGAGCGGACGAUGAAUAGUAUUUUCACAAUGUAUCUUAAGGAUACUGUCCUGCAGGAGCAGGCCAAGGGUCUUCUGACGUCGGUGAUGAAGAACGCUUUCCAGGAUCAGGAAAUGGAGGAUCGCCUGAUUCCCAAGUUCGCAGUUGGUUGCAAGCGUGUGGUUCCCUCGGGGUUUAAGUACCUUAAGACGCUCAAGAAAGAAAACGUCGAUGUGGUGUAUGGCGGAGUCACAUCCGUAACACCCUCGGGGUGCAUAAGCGAUGAUGGGCAGGAACAUGAAGGCGACAUCCUUAUCUGCGCCACCGGUUUCGAUACUUCUUACAUCCCGCGCUAUCCUAUACUAGGGCCCAAUGGCCGCAAUCUGCAGACCGAAUGGGCCGACUCAAUUAUGGGAUACAUGGGAGUCGGUAUCUCUGAAUUCCCCAACACGUUUACGAUGCUUGGCCCCUACACACCCGUUUCGAAUGGCCCGACAAUGGUUGCAAUCGAAGCGCAAGCGGACUACAUCUGCUCCUUUAUCGACCGCUACCAGACCGAACCCAUCCAUAGUAUGGCCUUGAGGCAGGAUGUUUGUGCUGAAUUCAAGGAGCAUGUUGGUUCGGCGAUGCAAAAAGCCGUGUGGACGGACAACUGCCGCAACUCCCACAACAACCACACCAUUGGCGGUCGCAUUCCCACGACAUGGCCCGGAAGCACUCUCCACUACCUCGAAGCCAUUCGUGAGCCCCGUGCCGACGACUGGGAGAUUCAAUACACUGGGAACCGCUUCUCGUGGCUGGGAAUUGGGGUUUCCCAGACGGAGUGGGAUCCGACGGCGGAUUUGGCAUAUUAUAUCCGGCAGUCGGACGACGGACAGUGGAACAGUCGGCGCAAGCGGAACCUGGCCAUUGCUAAGACUGGGAGCAUGGCCCCGCGUGCUCUCCAUAGACAGCCCAAGCUUGCUGCUAAGGAAAAGGCAUCUGAUAAGACCGCGGCUGUGGCGACAGCGGAGCCAGUCCCCGAAGUGGAGGCGUGA